AUGAUUAUUGAUUAUUCUGCUCAUUUUUGGGGUGAUAAACAUAUUGGGUAUAAUGUUCUUUAUGACCAUAUGAAGAAAGGAGAGGAUUCUGUGCAUGAAUUGCUCACUUUUAUUAAAGAAAGGGCUAGUAUGGAAGAUGACAUUUUAAAGUGCCUUAACAGACAGCUUGUUAAAGCUAGUACAUAUACAACUAAUAAUGGAUCUUUGGCUGAUGCCUGGCGAUUGACUAAAAAUGCGCUUGAAUUUUGGAUAGAAAUUAAAACAAAAUUAGUGCAUAAUCUUGGUGACCUUUCUAGAGACGUUUUUCGAUAUCAAGAAGAACUUAUAAAAAUUCGGAAAAAAGCUAAAGAUAUUGAGACAUUAGAAGCAAUUAAUUUAAUGCAAACAACAACAACUUGUUUACAAAAAAUAAAAAAUAAAUUAAAUAAAUCACAUAUUGAAUAUCGUCAAUAUAUGGAGAAAUAUGCACAAAUUAGAGAUAUUUUUGAGGAUAGAAUACUAAAAGCUGCAAGAAUGUUUCAAGAACAUGACAGAGGACAUAUUUUACAAAUGAAAAAAUUUUUCUUCCAAUUGGCUACUCUUUUGGAGACUGCACAAAAUUGUGAUGCUAAAACGGCUAUUGAAUAUAAACAAAAUUUGGAAUUAAUUGAUGUUGAGGAAAUUAUGUUGAGAUUUAUUGAAGAAAAAGGGACUGGCACAGAUGUUCCCAAAAAACUUAAUUGGACAGAAGCAGAUGAACUUCCACAAGAAUUUGAUGUUCUCUCUGCAGUUCAUUCCCAUUCUUCUUCAUCAAAUAACUCCUCGGCUAUUGUUCCCAAUACUACAUUUUCUUCAGUUACUGCUCACAAUCCCCCUCCAACAACAGUUGAUGAUUUGCUGAAGUUUGAUGAUCAUUGUGCUUCUUCUAAAUUAUUUGAAAGUGAAAAAUCUUCUCAACGAAAAUCUCAACAAAAAAGACAACGUUUUAGACAAUUGGCAUCCGAAGCUGACGGGGAGGAUAGUGAUUCUAAUUCUGAAAAUGCUGAAGGGGAACAACAAACAAAUAUUAGAAUUAAUACUUCUGAUAAUCAACAACAACCUUCUUCCAUUUCAACUGUUCAACACCAAAUUUCUUCUUGGUUGGGCAGGCAGAAACAGGCAGCUUCUCAUUGGAGACUUAAAAAACAUAGUGCCUCACAAUCUAGUCUUCCAGCAGCAGUUGCAAAUGAAAUGGCUAUAACAAAUGAAAAACUUCAAUCAAAUAACCAAUUUGCAGAAUUCUCCAAAAGUUUUGGUGUAAAUGAAGGUAGUGGAGGAGGGAGUGGUUUGUCUAAACGUUAUCAAAAGAAAAUUAAUGCAAAGAAUUCAAUUAAUGAAAUAACUCAAACAAAAAUGAAGCGAGCUUAUAGUCAAUUUCAACUGGAAGGCGAAAAUUGUGAUAUUUCUGUUGUUGAGGAGGAGCCAAAAAUCAAAGACCCUCUUCAAGUUUUUGGCCCUCCACCACCAUUACCUCCCCCGCCAUUACCAAUUAGUGCACCAAUUCCUCCACCUUUAUUUGACAAUCAAUCACUAAAUUCCCAAAAUGUUUCUUUUAUCUAUUCGAAUGAAAAACAACCAAAUAUUAAUUAUAAUAUUAGCCAAUCUACUGAUAACAAUCGUUGGUCUGCUGCUGAUAGUUCUUCUUCUUCUGAUGAUGAAGAUAACUCAACAAAAUUCCAAACAACAAAAAUACGCCAACUCCAAAUUCGACCACUCGUUGAACAACAAGAAUUCCAAAAAAAUACUUCUUUGGAUGAAUUACGUUCUGCUAUAGGGCAAAUUAGUUUGCCAAGAAAUUCAAUAAUUGAAAAUGAUCCUUGGGCAGCGUCUGAUGCUGAAACAACAACUUCUGCAGAUAUUUCUAUUCAAAGUAAUCAAAUAACAAAUCAAGUAUUUCCACCACUUCGAGCGGCACUUACAGGGGAUUCACAAUAUCGGCGAUGUUUUGCGCCCUCAAAUGAUUUUGGACAAUCUUUUUCUAUAUUUUCUACUUCAAAUAGUAUUGCUAGAGCUAGACCACGUUCCCAUACACCUCUUGUUUUUGGACCUGCAUCUACUAAUACAUUUUCAAAAUCUCAAAUGGCAACAACAACACCCUUAAAUCAAAGAAAUACUUCGCAAAAUAUGGAUUCAUCUUCAACACAAGGAAUUAAAACACUUGACCAUCCAAUUGUUGAACUACCACGAAAAUGA